AAAUCGUGGCAAACAUACAGCCACUAGACCUUCACUGUAAAAAAAAUUGUGAAAUUUCAGUACAAUUUGUUCAGACUUUGCAGUCUGAAUCGGUAAUUCAGAAAGUUGCUUUGAAUUAUCAGACUAGGAACUCUGAAAUUUGAGAUCAAACCGGUUAGUCUGAAUUUUAAGCAGAAGGUCUGAAAAUUCUGAUAGAGUUUUCAGACUUGUCAUCCUGAAACCUGUUUUCAUAAUUUUGGUAUGAAAAUGUUGACAGAUUGUCUACUAAUCAAGUCUAGGCGUAAGGCGUUGUAUAAAUUUAUCGGAAAUAAUAAUGUACACCCGUGCUUCACGCAGAUUCGUCUGUGUACGAUUAACCGUAAGAGUUGUCCGAACUUGCAUUCUGGACUUGCCGAAAGGAGCUGGUAUCCCCUGAAGAGAGUCACGCGGCACGGCUUCCCCCGCCGCCAGGCAGCGCCCGUAGCGCAGUGGUACCGAGCUCGUCUCGUAACCAAAAAGUUCCGGUUCGAACCCGGGCCGUAGCGAACAAGCGAAAAGUGGAAAGGAGGUACCGUCACACGUUGGUGGUUCAUAUUGUUCUCUUGUUGAUUUCUUUCUCUUUGAUUUAUAGAUGGCACUUUUAUUUAAUAUUUCAGAGUAGCAGUCUGAAAAUGUUUUUCAGACAAGUAGUCUGAAUUUGGAAUUCAGACAGAAUGGUCUGAAUAAUUACUCUGAAUUUUCAGACCACUAGUCUGUUUAAAAACUUCAGACUAAAAUUAUGAAAUUUCAGUAAUACUUUUUUUACAGUGUUCAAAUAAAGACAAGAGCAAUAAAAUACCUACAAAAAAGAGGACAAGCAAAGCAAACCAAUAUCUACCCACUCAUGAACAAUGGACGAACCCAGAAGAAGAAGCCAGUCGAGAGUGGGACGAGAGUUGGCAAGUUGGCAACAAAUUUACUUUAUUUUUGCAUUGUAAUGGCGGGUAUGCGCCCCACCGAGAAGCAAAUCGAUGAUUUCCUGCGUCACGCUAAGGAUAAGUCUAUUGAAAAGCAAGUAUAUAACUUUGCCAUGAGGUAUACCGCUCUGGCUUCGGCUAGGGCGGUCCCCGACAGUGCGAGGGCGAUCCCAUCGGUGCCCAGAAAGGUGCUAUUGCCUACACCAAACAUGCCACCCAGCUUGAACGCAAAUUCACACUUGUCGCAGUAUAAUGCACACGGUCAAAAGACCCAAACGUAA